UUUAAACAUCCUUAUGGAAUUAUGCCUGUACCAAUGAGGACUUCUAUUGUUUCAUAUUUGGUGCUUGUGUUACUGGAGUGUUGCUGGGAAGCGGUGUCUGGGCACCUCUCCUAUUCCGUGUUAGAGGAAGUGAAUCCGGGGACUUCUGUUGGAAAUAUCGCUAAGGAUCUCAACCUCAGUCUCCAGGAUUUGGAGUCCCGUAUGUUUCAGAUUGUUACUGGAUCAAAAAGAAAAUAUUUCGAAGUAAAUGUAAAGACUGGUGGUCUUUACGUUAACGAGAGAAUAGACAGAGAGGAGCUCUGUGCGAAGGCACCAAAAUGUACAGUCAGUGUAGAGGCCGUGAUAAACAAUCCAUUGAAGCUGUAUCGCUUAGAAAUAAAUAUACUAGAUGUUAAUGACAACGACCCCUUAUUCACGGAAAAGUCUCAAAUUGUAGACAUAGCAGAGAAUACGCUGCCUGGCAUGAAAUUCGCUUUGUCCGAAGCUAUUGAUGCAGAUGUAGGUAAGAAUACGGUGAAUGUGUUUAAAUUAACACCAAACGAUUAUUUUUCUCUCGCUACAACUAAAGGAGGAGACAGCGUGUCUGCUGAAUUAGUCUUACAAAAAACGCUGGAUAGAGAGAAACAGCCUGUGAUACAUCUCACCGUGACAGCUAUAGACGGAGGGACUCCACCGAGAUCAGGCACGUCACAGGUCAUUAUACACGUUUUAGACAUAAAUGAUAACCCUCCAGUGUUUAGUAAUCCUUUGUACAAAACUCGUAUAUUUGAAAACACGCCAAUCGGGACAACUGUGAUUAUACUAAAUGCAACAGAUGCAGACGAGGGGACAAACGGUGAGAUCGUGUAUUCUUUAAGAAGUAAAGGGCAGGAUCGUAUACUGGAGAUUUUUCACAUUGAUCCCAUAACGGGUGCGAUUAUGGUAAAAGCUAAUGUCGAUUAUGAGGAAUAUACAGCCUUCGAGAUCCGUGCAGAAGCAAACGAUAAAGCCCAGCCACCGAUGUCUGCUCACUGCAAAGUGCUGGUAGAAGUAAUAGAUGUAAAUGACAACGCUCCAGAGAUCACUGUGACGUCACUGUUCAAGACUGUAAAGGAGGACGCUGAUGCAGGUACUGCUGUUGCACUUGUAUCAGUUCUAGACAGUGAUGGCGGUAGAAAUGGUGAAGUGAAAUGUACAAUCUUAAAUCAGGUGCCCUUUAAAUUAGAGACAAAUUACAAAAAUUAUUAUUCUUUAGUUGUUGACGGGGCUCUUGACAGAGAAAUUACCUCACAUUACAACGUCACCAUAUCAGCUACAGACGAAGGGACUCCUCCUCUCUCCAAUACUAGUGUUAUUGUUGUUCACGUAUCUGAUGUAAAUGACAACUCCCCUCGUUUCUUAGAGCCCGUGGUGAAUGUUUACGUGAAAGAAAACGGUAAAGUGGGGGCAAUUAUUAAAACUGUGUCUGCAUUUGAUGCUGACAUUGACCAGAAUGGUCAGGUGAGAUAUUCAUAUUUAGACAGUAAUAGUAACUCAUUGCCAAUAUCUACAAUGGUGAAUAUAAACUCAGAGACUGGGGAUAUAAUCAAUCUGCAGUCUUUUAACUUUGAGGAGUUGAAAACAUUUCAGUUUAAAGUUCAGGCCACAGACUCUGGUGUUCCUCCGCUCAGCAGCAACGUGACUGUGAACGUUUUUAUUCUGGAUGAAAAUGACAACAGUCCUGCUAUUCUGGCGCCCUAUUCUGAGCACGGCUCUGUCAACAGUGAGAGCAUCCCGUAUUCUGCUGAAGCGGGCUACUUUGUGGCAAAGAUCAGGGCUGUAGACGCAGACUCUGGAUACAAUGCGCUGCUUUCUUAUCACCUGUCUGAGCCCAAAGGAAACAACCUCUUCCGGAUCGGAACCAGCACCGGGGAAAUCAGGACUAAGAGGAGAAUGAGUGACAAUGACCUGAAAACUCACCCCCUGGUGGUGUUGGUUUCUGAUAACGGAGAACCCUCCCUGUCAGCUACUGUGUCUAUUGAUGUGGUGGUGGUUGAAAGCACAGCUGACAUCCAGACUCAGUUCAGACAUGUGCCUGUGAAGGAGGAGAGCUUCUCUGAUUUAAACCUGUAUCUGCUGAUCGCCAUUGUUUCGGUGUCAGCGAUCUUUCUGCUGAGCCUCAUCAGUUUAAUAGCUGUCAAAUGUCACAGGACAGACGGCAGUUUCGGCAGGUACGGCGCCCCAAUGAUCACCACCCACCCUGACGGGAGCUGGUCUUAUUCUAAAGCUACUCAGCAGUAUGACGUGUGUUUCAGCUCAGACACACUCAAGAGUGACAUGGUGGUUUUCCCCGCACCGUUUCCACCUGUAGAUGCGGAGCUGAUCAGUAUUAAUGGAGGAGACACUUUUACCAGGACUCAGACUUUACCUAAUAAAGAAAAGGUAAGAGGCAUAAAGAAUGAACACUAUCAAACAGUGCAUAUUUUGUGUCUUUUAUAUAUAACUUUAGCUGCUUUACAUGAGGGCUAA